AUGAAACCGGUUCAAUCCGCUCCGGUUAAGAGCCGUCCCCGCCGCCGCCCAGACCUCUCCUUACCUCUCCCUCAGCGCGACGUCUCCCUCGCCGUCCCUCUCCCCCUCCCACCGACAUCCGGCGGCUCCUCCUCCUCCUCCUCCUCCUCCUCCUCCUCCUCCUCCGCCGCUCCGAAAAACUACUCAGAUCUAGAGCGUGGGAACCGGAUCGGGAGCGGAGCAGGCGGGACGGUGUACAAAGUGACACACCGUCCGAGCUCCCGCGUGUACGCGCUCAAGGUGAUCUACGGAAACCACGAGGAGAACGUCCGCCGCCAGAUCUGCAGAGAGAUCGAGAUCCUCCGAGACGUGAGCCACCAGAACAUCGUCAAGUGCCACGAGAUGUUCGACCAGAACGGCGAGAUCCAGGUCCUGCUCGAGUUCAUGGACGGAGGAUCUUUAGAGAACCGCCACGUGUCGAACGAGCGUGACUUGGCCCAUCUCUCUCACCAGAUCUUGAACGGCUUAGCGUAUCUCCACGGCCGCCAUAUAGUCCAUAGAGAUAUCAAGCCCUCGAAUCUGCUCAUCAACUCGGAUAAAAUAGUCAAGAUUGCUGACUUCGGAGUGAGUAGGAUCUUGGCGCAGACCAUGGAUCCCUGCAACUCCUCUGUCGGGACGAUUGCUUACAUGAGUCCUGAGAGGAUUAAUACUGAUUUGAACCAGGGGAGGUACGACGGUUACGCUGGGGAUAUCUGGAGCUUAGGUGUUAGCAUUCUUGAGUUUUACCUUGGGAGGUUUCCUUUCAAUGUGAGUAGGCAGGGGGACUGGGCGAGCCUCAUGUGUGCUAUCUGUAUGUCGCAGCCGCCGGAAGCUCCGGCGGCUGCGUCUCCGGAUUUUCGUCAUUUUAUCUCGUGUUGCUUGCAGAGGGAACCGGGGAGGAGGAUGACUGCGACUCAGCUUUUGCAGCAUCCGUUCAUACGGAGGGCUGUGAGUCAGGGGCUGAACAGGUCUCCUCAGAACCUGCAUCAGCUCUUGCCUCCUCCUCCUCCUCGUACUCUGUCUUCGUCUUCUUCUUCUUCCCCAACGACGUAG